ACCUCCACCAGGAUGUCGCUAGUCGCUUUACUCCCCUCGACAGGCUAUCUCCUGGCAUAUACCCUUCCCCUAUUAAUUAUAUCUGUAAUAUCGACAUUUGCAGGCCCAUUCCUCACGUUUGAUCGGACACGAGCGUUUCGCCCUCGGCCCGAUGCGGGAUACACGGAAGAUAUGCCUGGGUCCUUCGGGUACAGCAGCAAGCAUAAGAGGUUCAGGUUGAAGCUGGAAGGGGGGAUUGGAGGGCUCAUGGUCGGAUACCUGUUUGGCUUGCACGCAGCGACGUUCCUUGCGCUUCUCAUACCGGCGACAAGCUCAUCUGCGUCUCUAUCCCACAAAUCAUUCGUCGCCGUAUGGCUUCUGUCCGUGAUCCCUACCACCUUCAUUGCGGGCCGUUGGCGAAUAGCUGCCAUCCUAUUCGGUGCUAUCUCUGGGGGCGCGACGUUUGCCCUCUCUGUUUGCGUCAUUAUUCAUCCGACCCUGCUCACACGCAUCGUCUUCACCUCCGUCGUAUUGCCCAUUCUCACUGUCUUCUGCUUGCUCCCGAUCCCGAAAACUCAGCGCUGCGUUAUCCGGGUUGCGUACGCGUCCGUGGGAGCCUUUGGAACCGUACUUUCUGUCGCGCUCCUCGCCAAUGUACCCGCUUGGGCGAACGUUUGGGAACGUUUAUGGGUCAAGAAUGAUGUGGAGUGGGGCACGAUACAUGAGAAGGGGCUGAGUGCCGCCUGGUGCUUCUUGGUAGUGCUUGGCUUCGCCUGCGAUUGCGUUUUACACCGCAAGUUCGGCGAGAAUCCCGAUCAGACUUGGGACAGCUAUCUGGCUGGAUACGCCGCAAGCUUACCGAACGCGGCCGAUCGAGCUGGGACGUUCAAGCCUCUUUCUUCGUACUGGAAUAAUUUCCUGCACAAAAACAAUCCCAUGGUCAAGGAGCCGAACGCGGAGGCGGUCGCUAUGUACGCCGACACCAAGGCAUUGCUCUCGACGCCACAAACUCCUAUAAAGCUGUCGAAGCAGAAGUCCAUGUCCCAACCGCCGCAGUUUCAAGCCACCCGACCCGGGUUUUUGCGGAAGAAGAGUACUCAGGCAGCGAUGGAACGUCUUGUCACCCGCGCCAACGACGGGCGGCGACGCAAGGACCGCGGUGUCAAGUUCGGAGCGGAUUACUCCAGUGAAAGCGACGACGACAGCGAUCACGACUCUCCGAAAGUCCAGCGCCCGUGGCUGGGCACAAACGUCAGCGCGGUUGACUCUACAGCAUCGGUCACGACGCUGGUUGAGGAUGACGAGGAUCUUUCUGUACCGAAACUGAACGUCGGCAAGGAAAAGGCGCGGAUCAAGCGUAACCUUGGCAAGCCCGACGAUCCCGCUCCCGAGUAUUCCGAUUUCGAGGAAGACAUCGUUGAAGACAAGAACGCCGAUCGAAAAUCUCCGGAGUGGGAACCUGAAUUUCUACGCAAGCAUCGCGCCUCGAUCGGCAAAGCACCUGUCCCGCGAGGCUUCACCCCCUCGGCGCCGUCUCAUGAACCGACAUCCUCCCAAGCCAACUCAUCGUCUUCCCAAUCCACGUCCACGCCUCUUCGCCCAGUCCCCGCGACACCAUCGCUUAUCAAGGCUAUCGACCGUGUUGCCAAAGCGCAGGAGGCGGCCUACGGGCUUUCUAUGUCCGAUCAUGCGCUGUCGUCUACGAAUGUGUCGUCGGAGUUUAGCGGAAUCAUGAUGCCCACCGCGAAACCUGGCACUGUUCGUCCUGGACUGCCCGCGCACAAGAGUUCUGAUGCGCCGUUGGAGGCAGGCAUGCCACGACCGGCGGCUAUCCCUGACUCUGACACGAACAAAGGGCACCGGUGGCAAAAUUUCUGGAGGGAGGUGAAGGAGAAAGCUGCGGAGCACUGAUGUGGCGCCCGACCGUACGGACUUGCUUUACGACUUUAUGACUCACGAGUUGACACGAUGUACGCGAUUUCAUGAUGCUAUUUAUCUCACCUAUUAUUCUUGCCUUCCAUUGUGACACUAGUGUUCUCCAUAGUGCCAACAUUUGUACGCUGAACGAAU